GUGAAUGAGUGUAUCUAUAAACAAAAAGAGAAAGAGAAGGGUUGUGUUCCGUGGCUUUGGUUCCUCUCUUUAUUAGUAUUUAUAUAUAUAUCCCACACACAAUUUGUUUGUAUGAUUUGUCUCUCUGCACCUACCUCUCAUUCACAAGUGAUAAUCAAAAAAAGCAUAUAUCCAAGGUGUGGUUGUUAACCUGUCCAUCUAUCUAUCAAUCAAUCAGUCAAUCAAAAGACCAAUCAUCAAACCGAAUAUAAUAUAUCAUCAUCAUCAUCAUCAUGUCUUCCUCUAACUCUUCCACAACAUUAUCACUGGACCACCUCCCUCCUUCCGAACAACUUUGUUAUGUUCAUUGCAAUAUUUGUGACACCAUUCUUGCUGUGAGUGUUCCCUGCACAAGCUUGUUCAAGACCGUUACUGUACGAUGUGGUCAUUGCACUAACCUCCUUCCAGUCAACAUGCGUGCAUUGCUUCUUCCAUCUCCAAAUCAAUUUCAUUUGGGACACUCUCUUUUCUCCCCAACUCAUAACCUUCUUGAGGAGAUGCCAAACCCAACUCCAAAUUUUCUGAUGAACCACACAAAUAUUACACCAAAUUUCAAUGACUUCUCUAUGCCUCCUAGGACUGUUGCUGAUGAGCUUCCACGACCACCAAUCAUAAAUAGACCUCCUGAGAAAAGACAGAGAGUUCCCUCAGCAUACAACCGCUUCAUCAAGGACGAGAUCCAACGCAUCAAGUCUGUCAAUCCUGAUAUAACUCACAGGGAAGCCUUCAGUGCAGCUGCCAAGAAUUGGGCCCACUUCCCACACAUUCACUUUGGUCUCAUGCCUGAUCAGACUAUGAAGAAGACAAAUGUGUGCCAGCAGGAAGGAGAUGAGGUUCUGAUGAAAGAUGGGUUUUUUGCUUCAGCUAAUGUUGGUGUUUCACCCUACUAAUUCAGCAGCAUUAUGUUUUUAUGCAUCAAUCUCAAUCUAUAUGGUUGGAGAAUGUUAUGUUUAUAAUAACUAAUUAAGGACUACUACUUUAUCACUAGUUAGCUUUUUGCAAUUUCGCAUGCAUGUAGUUUUCUUCUUAUGAACUUUUCAUGUUCUUCAAUUUCCUCAGUACUCUGCACCCCAUUACUUAUCUCAUCAAUAAUUAGCCUUGCUUUCUA